UCUCCGGUCGGUCGUGUAUCGCGUAGCUUCGCGUUAAGUGACAGUCAACGAUCAAAUAAUUGUAACUUUGAAAAACUUGUGAAUUCAAUGUGAAUAUCUAUUGUAUACCCCACGAAACAAACUGUGAAGUGUUCAUUUAAUAAUAAUAUUAUUAACUAUAAAAAUACGAAAGUAAAUGGUGAGUUCUCUGACUUGAAAUGCAUGCAUUCCACGGAGAGUGUUGAACUUUUAUUUUUUUUCGUACUGUGUAGCUUUUGAUUCAUAUCAAGUAUAUUAAUGUAUUUAAACAAUUCAACAUAGAUUACAAACUUAUAUAAAUAUUAGUGAUGUGUUCUUUAAGAAACAUUGAAAAUGUGUUGUUCAAAGUUAGCAGAAUAAUUAACAAGGAUUGCCGAAACAUUCAAGGCUAACCAGAUUAGACAUUCCGGUUGUGUAUACAUCGGAAAGAACCUUGGAAGUACGUUGCUGACUUGACCACGCAUCGACGUACUGUCACUUACGCAAGCUUAUCUACCGGAAGGACAACUAAAGCGAGAUUGGUUUGAGUAAAGGGGAGCAUUUGUGUGAUGUGCCGGGAACAUCACACGAAAGUGCAGUUGGACGUCACCUGAGAGAAUCAGUGGUUUUAGUAUCGCCCAGGAUCUGAAUGAGGCGCAACGAUGAAGUUCUCGUCAGGCUCGAGUUCGAGCAGCCUCGCCAGCGACUCAAUGUCGAGGAAAUCGACUUUGUGCAUCUACACGGAGGUGGACGGUCCUGGUCCACAGCUACAUGUCGAAAGGAUGGACAGCAGCUCAGAAGCGAUGGAGCUGAGACGGGAGCUCGACGCAGUGAGGAGUGCGCUGCAACAACAGUCGGAAUCCGUUCUCAAGCAAAGGCAUCAGUUAGUAGAAGCAGGGCAGGCUCUGGCCACUCGUAACAAACAGGCAGCACAAGAACGACGCCUAAGGCAAGAUCAACUAGCACUAGUACUCCGGUCGCUCGUUUUACUUGAGUCACGGUUGACCCGAGAACAAAGACAAAUUAAUGUUGCCCUCCAACAAAAAGAGAAAAUAAUUAAGGCGCAACAAGAAGAGAUAAUCAAACUAAAAGCUCGCAAGUCAUACUGCAGUAACUGUCAGCAGGUUCUCGGGUUCACAAGCGAACAAACCAAUAUUGAGACUGAUCCAGAAUUCCAGAGUCUAGAGAGUACCGAUUCAAGAUUCCAAAAUCAUUUUAUACGAAGUUGUAGUUAUCGUGAAAGAAAUUCUCCACCGGUUUUCCAAAAAAACACUAGGCUAAGUAAGAGUUUUCAAUUGCCGAAAAAUGAUGUCGUGUAUGGUAAUACUAGUUCCAGCGAAGAAGGGAACAAUGGGAGUGUCGGAAGUAAGGGUACGUUUAUUAAAAACAAACAAGCAUUUGUCAGACGUGACGUAUUCAGACGAUCUAGAAAAUACUCUGGAAGAAAAAAUAGUAUACAGAAAAGUUAUAAUCAAGCUAAUAAUAGCAGUAGUGCCGAAGAAUGCAUUGGCAUGAGUUAUCAUGUUAACCACGAAGAUAAUGAUAUGACUGCUAAUCAAAUUGCUAAAUACAUAAGAAGAGCAUCACAAAAAAUUGAUCAAAUUAUUGGAGAGGCAAAUAAAAAUGAAGCGGUAAGCGAUUCCGAUAAAACGUAUUCAACAAAAAUAGAACAAUUACACGGUAUUAAGAGACAAGCUUCUGAUGAAAUAAAAGCAAACCGACAACUUUUCCUUAAUAAUGUUCUAACCAUAGAAGGAAAUGAGAAACCUUGGUAUUGCAAUGUUAGUGAUCCUGAACAAGACACAGAUUGUCUACACCAAAGAGGUUUAACAAGUAACACCAAAUCAAAAUCCACCGACGAUCUUUUAGGUACUGAGUUUAAAAGGAAUGUGUCUAAUAUACAACCCUUGGCCACUAAAAACGAAAUAUUGUGCAAUAGCAUGUUGAAAAAUAAUCCACAUGAGAAGUUUAACACUAGCUUUGAUGACAAAAAUAAUAAUACUUUGGAUGCUAAUAUAAGUAAACAAAGUAAUGAGAUAAGUGAAAAUUGGUACGCAAGUACUAGUGAUGCCGACGAUAGCCCUACGAAUGAAAUAUAUAAAAACAAUCCAGUACUAGAAUGUGUUAAUCAAAUACUCCUUCAAAACUCAUUAGAUGAUAGUAGCAAUGACAAUUCUAAGUCUAGCGAAAUUGCGAGCCCGAAAUCAUCAACUAAACGUGUGCAAUUUUCUACUUUAAACAGUAUAACAUAUGACGACAAACUGCGAAAUAAUGGCAACAGCCACACGCUGCCUCGUUCUGAUAAGAGGGCAAAUAAAAUAGUGAAGUUCAGCUUAGAAACUGCUUCUGAGCAUAGUUAUGAAGUUCCAAAUACAGCUCAAGGAUUUCAAUAUGAAAUACAAAGCAUCUAUAGUAAUGAGUAUGAGCCAAUUAUUACUAAAUCAAUUGAAUCUAAGCCUGUGCCAUCGAUACGACCUGUAUUGUCCAUUGAUAAGCCCAACGUUCCUAAAAUAAAGGGCUCAAUUGUGAAAAAUCUUGCGGCGGACAUAGAAAGUCGGAACAAUAAUUCACAAAAAACCAACGAUAAUGAUUUAGGGUCUAUGAAAAUUUUCAAUAAAAGAAAGGUGCCACGAACUCCUCCUGCACUGCCUCCUAAACCAAAGAACUUAUCAGCUAAAUGGAAAGCUGAAAAUACUGUCAGGUCAUCGACAGAACCGUUAGACUCUGAAGCCGUUGCGGCUAAUCAACGGGUUGCAGAUGUUAAGAUGAGAAAAGUGGGACAAGUAGCGACUGUAAACAGUAUUGAACCGGACUACUGCUCCAUUUCUGAGAUAAAUGUUCCAGUAGUCAGUAAUGGUAAAAGGGAGUUGCUACUUACACAGCCAACGGUUGAAAUUCACAAUGAACAAUACCCUAUUCACGCGACAAGUCAAAGAAACAGCGUGGCUAAAGUCGUGUCCUUGCCACGAAUACAAAAUAAGAUCAGCGAUAAAGAUAUACCCAAACUUCCGCAAGUUACAGAAAUUAUCAUUCCAGAUGAUGACGAAAAGCUAAAUGAUGAACAAAAUCAUCAAUUUCAACGUACUGACAGUUACUUGACAAACUUUAGUAUACAUCCUCUGCAACCAAAAUUGGACCCUCGUGCUUCAAUACAAAUGGGGAACACAGUGUCUUCCAUAUUAUCUGAAAUCAACAAGGGAGGUAAAAGUGGUAAUAAGCAGAUUAAUUUGACUGAACUAGAUCACCAGUUUAAUCAUGGGCCCGAAAAGCCACAGACUAGUAAUGCAGAAUUGCAUAAAGCAGAAUAUUUCGACGAAAUAGACAAGUUCGAUUUGUCACAGAAUUUUGAAGAAUUUAAGAUAGAUGAUGAACUCGGCAGCAUCGUCGCAGAGGAAUAUCGCAUUAGCUCUGGAAGCAGCGAUGGUUCCAUAUCAGACGUGGUAACUGAACACAUACGAACCGUUGUACCUGAUAAAGACAAUCAGCAUAAAGCUACAAGUAUUAGUGCUGAAAAUGAAAAAAAGGGUUCCUUUCUUGAAAACAACGAAAGUGGAUUGAACAAAAAUUUGACGAAAAAUGGAAAGCUAUCCAAUAAACCUGAUCUCCUGUCGAACAUAGAGAAUUUAGAGACUGAAUCGGUAAGGAAUUUUGAUAUAGAGUCAAGUAAUUCCUCUGGAAGUAAUAGUGGCUCAUAUAACACGGUAAAAUGUGAACCCAGAAUGAUUCUGAAUAAUAAUAAUCCAGAAUCGAACGUAAAUAAAACAAAAGGGAACUUUGAUUUCUUCCUGGAAUCUUCUGGUCUUAGUUCUAAGUCUAUUUUUACGCCUACCAAGAACCAGAACGUUAGGCCUCCCAGGCCUCCAAGUGCCAAUCACAAAAAUGUGUUGAAACCUAAAGACAUUAAGAUGCGAGUUAAGAAUCCUGUAGCAACGAACAAAAUCAACGAAAAGCCUAUGUUGACAGCUAUUAAGUAUUUCGAACCUUAUGUUUAAGUCAAAUAAUAAUAAUUAUUAUUAUAUUGUUUUUUUUUUAUGUUUAAUUUUAUUUAUUGUAAAAAUGAACUUGCCCGCAUAAUAUUAAUGUACUAUAUUUAUACUCUUUGUAAAUAUUAUAGAUA